AUUAGAGCUGUAAAAUUCAUGAAUGAUGAAAUGUUAACCGAUGACUUAGAAAAUUCAGAUACCGAUGAUCUGCUGGACAACAUUUUAAUACCAAACAUUCAUUUAAUGCGAUGUGCAGCACAUACGCUACAACUUUGUGUUGUAGACCUUCACAAACAAAAUGAUUUAAAAUAUAAAAUAGAAGUUGCAAGAAAUGCUGCCAAAUCAUUGCGAACAUCAAAAAAUAGACUAAUAUUAAAAAAACACAACCAAAAAAUACCUUCUUUAGAUGUUAUAACCCGUUGGAACUCAACAUACACAAUGAUUAAAUCAUUAAAUGAAAUUCGUGAAUUUAUAGACGAAAAUAACCUUUUAGAAGUGCCAAUAGAUUGGGAAUGGAUUAAUAUGUAUUUGCAAACAAUGGAACCAAUUUGGAACGUAACAAUGAAAUUCCAAAAAGAACAAUUUCCUUUAUGUGAAUUGUUUAAAUUAUGGAUGAAUUUAAAAAGAGGGUUUCAAUUAAGUCAAUUUGAAAUGCAAAAGCUUAUAUCGCAAAUUAUGAAUGGGAGAGAACAUUUCCUAUUAGAUAAUGUGACUUUAUUAAGUGCUGUAUAUCUGGAUCCACGUUUAAACUUGCUUUUAACUGCUACUCAGAAGCUAUCAGCCAAAUCUAAUUUAAAGAAUAUUGCUAAAAGAAUCCAAACAAUAAGAGAAAUAAAUGGAGAUGAUGUAGAAGCCAACCGAAUAGAACAAAUUCCAGAUAUUGUUGUAAAUGAGAACUGCAAUACAAAUGAAAAUGAUUUUCUUACAUCGCUGAUGAAUGAAAUUGAAUCGGAAAAUACCACAUCAAAUUCCUACGAAAGUUUUGAAAAUUUACUCGAAGUUUACAAUAAAAUUGAAAAUUUUGAAAAUAUCCAUAAACGACUUCCUAUAGACACAAACAUUUUUUUCAUUUUAUGAAAAUAUUAAAUACAGUUGCCCACAAAUUUACCAAAUAGCUGCAAUAGUGCUUGGCGUUCCUGCUACCCAAGUAUCCGUAGAGAGAGCAUUUUCUUCUCUACAUUUCAUUCUAAAUGAGAGGCGGAGUAAUUUAGGUGCAGAUAUUUUAGAAAAGUUACU